UUGUCAGCUGUGAAUAUAAAUGAGGAGGAUUACAUCAGCGCCGGGCGGUAGCGUAUGUCCCGUACCGUACAUUCGAGGAGCCCACUUGCCUACUGCAAGUCUGAGAGUGAGUACUGAGUGCCGGGCGAAGGAAGUCGAACUGUGUCUUCGACAGGGAAGGAAGGCGGCCUCAUACUGAAGGAAAAUUUUGUUGCUGUUUCUAAUAUAAGGAGUUGAUAGGAAUAAAACGAGCAAGAUGGCACCAUGUUUGUUCACGGCCCAGCGGAGACGCUACUGGCUCAUCAUCACCGCCAUUCUGGAGAACCUUCUCUUCUCCGCAGUCCUGCUUGGCUGGGGGUCUCUUGUCCUCAUGCUCAAGAAGGAAGGAAUUUACCUAGAGCUCUGCUCCGGCUCUGGACAAGAUACUGACUACCUCAACAUCACCGAUGCCAACAUCACAGACAACAUGACUGUCAUUCUGCCCAUGGAGGAGGAAGGCUGUAUCGCUCAGGACGAGAGACUGAACUUGGCCUAUACCAUCGGAUCUUUCUUACUCAGCGGAAUGACUUUUCCUCUUGGGAUGUUCAUGGACAAGUUCGGGUCCAGGAACCUCAGGAUGGCUGGCAGUGCCAUGUUCGGAUUAUCCAGUGUACUAUUUGCAGUUGCAUCAAGAACCAAGUUGUCUAUUCUCCUCUUCCCCGCGGUAUCGUUGAACGGUAUGAGCGGAAUCGUCCACGUCUUCACCGGCUUCCAGGUCACCAACCUGUUUGGGGACAAGCGAGGGACAAUGAUGAGCUUCUUUGUGGGAGCGUACGCUUCCUCGGCUGUAGUCUUCCCAGCUAUGAAGGGUCUGUACGAUCUCGGUAUUCCCUUCGACACCUUGUUCUUCUGCUAUGCCGGACUGAUGAUCUUCGUCAUCCUGAACUGCUACUUCAACGUGCCUAAGGAACCCAUCCCUGGUCCUGAGGAGAUGGACUUCAGAAUCAAAUUCAGACCUUUUGGUGUCCACCACAAACUGACUGGGAAGCACUUCUACGGCAUGGUGACCACGGUGGGCCGACGACUGAGUAUCGACGAGAAGGGCGGACCCACCAUGACCUCUCACCUCAACCUGGAGAUGGACUACAGCUCUGUGGACAAUGCCCAUCCUGUUGCAGCUAUCCCCCCGCUGUCCAAGAGCAUCUGCACCAUGGCGUUCUUCUGGAGCGUCGUCACCAUGUGCAUCGGCCAACUCCGACUCAUCUUCUUCAUCGGAGCGCUCAGUCAGAUGCUGGGAAGAGUUUCCGGCGCCGACAGCUCGAAAGGAGCCCAGUAUAUUGUGAACAUCUACACCUCCAUCUUUGGGAUGAUCCAGAUGGCUUGUAUCCUCAUGGCGCCUCUGAUCGGUAUUGUCCUGGACUGGAACACCAAGCCAAAGAAGUCCAAAGGUGCCAAAGAGGAACUUCUUGACGACGUCAUGUGCAAUGGGAAGGGCAGCACUUCCAGUGAAAAAAGCGUCAACACAGCCCUCAGCAAACAAAAACAACAACAGAAGGUCAAGUUGCAGAAGAUCAGCAAUGUGAUGAAGGCCUUUGCCCUGACGAAUGUCCUCAUGAUCUUCUUCGGUGUCACUGUCCUCAUCCCAAGUCUUGAGCUGCAGAUCCUGACGUUUUUGCUUCACACACUUAUCAGAGGGUUUAUCCAUUCAACUGUUGGUGCCAUGUAUGCCACAAUGUAUCAUCACACCCAUUUCGGCACGUUGACAGGGUUGCAGUCUCUGAUCUCUGCAGUGUUCGCCUGCCUACAGUACCCCAUCUUCACCAUCAUCAACGGACCUCUCAACGAGGACCCCUUCUGGAUGAAUGUUGGCUUGCUGGUUCUCACGUUCUUCAACUUCGGGCUGCCUGCCUACCUCUUCCUGUACGUCAAGAGACUACGGGCGGAACCCGAGGUGGGCAAACCGAAGACGUCGGUAGUCUCGGUCGAACUUCCAAAGAACAUGAGCCAGAAAGCCCUCAUAACGACGAUAAAGGAAGAGGAACUUGACAACGAUGAAGUCUUCAUGGCUUGAGGGAGAUGCACACAGACUGAAGCGCUCUUGUAAUCACGAGUUUGUUCGCCGUGUGACAAACCGGACGCAUUGCAUAGUUGUGUCGUGUACAAAGUUUCAGAGAUAUAUGCAAUACAGGGCAAACUUUUGAGUGACAAGAGAGCAACAGAAUCCUGGUCAAGCCAUGCUGGUUAUGGUAUAACAUUAGCUGUUCAGAAGUGUGAAAAAAGUAACUGCCACUGGAAGGGUAGAAAGGAGCAUGUAAUAUUCCUUCACAGUCUUUAAGAAAGCAGAGUUUAAUUUUCAAGUUAGAGGAAAGUUUUGCCAUCCAGAAGUCACCACGUAAUUCUAGGAAGGGCUCUUAGUUGUUCGUAUGAUGAGGGUUUGGUAUUAUUAAUUUGUUUUUGUUGUCAAGAAAGGAUUAUAUACAAUUCCACCAUAAGGGUUUGGGGCAAAGAGCUGUAGAUCAAAUAGUAGUGUAUCUAUGGUGCUGUUAUGAGGCAAUGAACAACCCAAAAUGUGCAAUACCAUCUUUUAGUUACUGCUGGAUACAUAUACAAACAUUUCUUUCAAGUAUCAUAUAUUGGUGGCGGAAUAUGUUUAGUGUGUUAUACAUGUACUUUUCUCACAGAAGGUACAGCUGGAAUAGUGCAACGUAGUCUUUUGUCAAAAGACGGACUGUGCAUUUAUUGUAGGCCAUUGUCACCAGAAUUGUGAUGAUAUUUAAAAGAUACAAAGUCACCUGGCAGUAUUAAAUGUAUGCCAGUGAGUGCAGUUAAGUGAUUUGAGCUUCUGGUAAAAUGCAACUGUAUAUUAAGUGUUUUUGUAACUUUAUAUGUUUGUAUAUUCAGGCACUGUCCUAUCUAAUUCUAAGGCAAGAAUCUUCUGACUUAAGAUUUCUUAUGGACAUAAGUUUUAAAAAAUCUAGAUAUUAAGGUAAACAAAUUUGCAAGGCGUGAUGCCAAAGCCUUUCUCUAAGUGUUGGAUGUCUACAAGAAUACUUACUUCUACACAAGAGUUUUUGAGAUAAUAUAAAAUCCAAAGAAAUUGACAGAGAGAUUUGAUACAUACCAAAGUGUUGGUAUAGGUUGAUAGGUAUAUAACUGCACACAUUUGAUGUUCUUAAUUUGUCUAAUAUCUGGUUUGUUUAC